AUGUCCGAUAUAGAGGGUAUUUACUCCUUGCGGCUUGUAAUUGCCGAUUUUUACAUGGAAAAACCCGUCUUUGGCCUGGAUCCCUGCUACUCGGAGUUGCGCGGCAAGGAAAUCAAGCGCGUGCCGAUUGUGCGCAUAUUUGGCGCCAAUGCCAAUGGCCAAAAGUGUUGCAUGCAUGUGCACGGCGUCUUCCCCUACUUUUAUAUACCCUACGAUAGGCGGGACUUUGAAUCUGUGGAACGGGGCAUACUGCAAAUAGCCAUGCACUUGGAUAAGGCCAUCAAUAUAUCCUUGGGCCAGGGCAGCUCCAAUGCGCAGCAUGUCUUCAAAAUACAAUUGGUCAAGGGCAUUCCUUUCUAUGGCUAUCAUCGUGCCGAGCAUCAGUUUUUUAAGAUUUUCAUGUUCAAUCCACGGUUCGUGCGACGCGCUGCCAAUUUACUGCAAAGCGGCGCCAUAUUGAGCAGAAACUUCAAUCCCCAUGAAUCGCAUGUACCCUACAUUCUGCAAUUUAUGAUUGAUUACAAUUUGUAUGGCAUGAGCUAUCUGCAUGUGCCGCUCGAGGUGGUCAAGUUUCGCAGGCAUACGGAUGAAGACGUUGUGCCCUAUGCGAAUGUAAAGCCGGAGCAGCUGCUGGACACCAGUUGCGUUAAGAAGAUCGCCUGCAGCGCCUUGGAGGUGGAUAUUAGUUCGAAUUUCAUACUGAAUCGCUUUCAACUGGUCACCAAAAGCAACACGACGCACACGAAUCCCGGCAUCGAGGCCAUUUGGCAUGAUGAGCACGUGCGGCGCCAGAAGCUGGCCCAAAGCUAUGGCGCCGAUAGCCAGAAACUAAAUGCGCUGCCGGCGCUGCAAGUGCCGCCCACACAGGAGCGUCCGAACGUGGAAAUAGCCGAAAGCGAUAGCUUCUAUCGCGCUGCGCUGGAGAGCAAGCUGUUAUCCCUGGAGCAGACAUUGAGCUCGGAUCAAACUCUGUCCGAUCAGACGCAGAUCAGCCAUGCGAAUGUGACGCUCCAGACAAGCGCCAAGGAGCAGCGCCGGCAAUUCAAUCUGCAAAAGCUGUUGGUGAAUGCCGUUUAUCCCGAUGAAUGCACCCAGGAUGCACAGCAGCAGCUGAUGAAUGCAUCUGUCAUACAAAAUCAUUUAUCAGGCAGCGGCAGUCUGCAGAGCCUGCUGCCGGAUGUGGGCAAUGGCGAGGCUGCCUUUCUGGACAACACGCUCGUGGACGAGCAGCUCUUGGAGACACAGGGUCCAGUGCCACAUGACGCUACCUUGCGCGAGGAGGAUUUGGAGCUGCUUGAGGUGCUGCAACAGCUGGAGGAGCAGAACGCAAAUGAAUCCCACAUCGAUUUGGACAGCUCGCUGGCGCCGCUCUCGCAGCAGCACAAACAAUUUGAGCUAACACCUGAGCUGCUGGACAAACAGACGGCAGCUGCAGCCGCGCAGCAGCCGCUGUCCGAGGACGAAAGCGACAACUCGGAUGAGGACAACACCGCGGGCAACAUGCACGACUUUUCCGUUGCACUGGAUGACAUUGACGAGCUGCUACUUAAGCUAACCCAGAGUCAGCCCAAGGAUCAGACCAAGACCAGUCAGAACCCGAAAUUGCCGCAAAUCGAUGGCGCCGAUGAUCAGCUGCCGCGCACGCCCACCAAAGCCAAGUCCAAGGCGCAACAACGGAGUCCACCGCGCACGCCCACAACGCCCAAGAGUCGCAUCAGCAUGCAGCAGCCGCGCACGCCCAAGUCCAGUGCGGCCAAAAAAUAUGCGCCUCUGCCACUGACCAUAACCAGUCGAUCUGCACAGAAGCAGGCGGAGGCAGCAGCUGCAGUGCACCCAGCGAGUAGCGCCGUCAAGACGCGCCUUAGCCAACAGCUAGAGACGGUCGUUAGAAGCCCAGCUGUAACGCUGCGCAAGAAACUGGCCAUGACUGAGUUGCGCCGCAAGACAAUCUCCGCAGCGUCUUUUACGGAGAUGUGCAACAAAGCAGCACAACCGGAUGAGCCUACUCCCCUGCGUCGUAGCACGCGCAGUCGCACGCGUGAUUUGGACAAAACGCACAUCAUCUGCUCCCUGACGCCGCGUCGGAGAAAUUCUCGCAUUUCGCAAGUCUUUGAGACCGCGAACAAUUCAACAACCACAGCUGAGACUUCAGUGGAGCUGAAGAAACCACGUCGCAGCGCACGCCACAGCGCCAAGCAGAAUGUUGAGGAGCGACCUAUCGCUAAGGCAGCGCCUAGUUUGGAAAUAGUUCAUAAGACAACGGACUCGCCCGCAGUAACUAGCGACGAUGAGGCAAUUGUAUCUGACACAGAGAGCGAUAGGUCUGUGGCUCAGCUGCGCAAGACGCCAAAUCUGAGACGUUUGCGAAGCAGCUUUCGCGAGUCGGUGCUGGCCAAGAGAGCGACGCCAGCGAGUAAUGGAAGUAUAACGCCAGCGACAAUUGACACACCACAAUGUAGUCCACAGAGCAUAGCCAGUAAUACUCCGGAGCUGAUGAAGAGCUUCUAUGAGCACUCGUUGAUUGUCAACAGUCCGUCCGUAUUCAGCGAUGAUCUGGGCAGUCCGCAGCUGCCCGCACAAUCUAAAUUUCUGGCCAGGCCCAGCGGCAGUUCAAGCAACUCCGUAGAUCCCAACACGCUUGUAAUUGCGCCGCUAGAGCUGCCGCCCAGCUAUGAGGAAGUGCUGCAGAGCUGCCGCAAACUGGACAUACCCGAGUACGUGUUCCAGCAGCCCUUCUAUAGCAAUCCCGCCGAUGUUAGCAAAAUGACCGAGGUGGGAUUUUUGGUGCUGCGUAUACCGGGCAACAAGCUCAACGAUUUGGAGCCCUUUCAAAGCAGCGUUUUGGCCAGCCAUCAAGGUCUGGCGGCCUGGCGCCGCAAGCAAUUGGUGGGCAUUGCCGGACCAGCCAUAUUGCAGCGCUAUCGCAGCGAGCAGCAGGUACGGGAGUACUUCAGCAGCGAGCAGCGGCUGGUCAUGGAACCGGCAAUGAGUCCGCCUAGCAGGCAGGACGCCAAGUUGUGGCUCAAAGCGCGAGAGCUGCACAAGCAGCGCCAAGGCGAGCAGGAGGAGGAGCAGCUGCGACCGCUGGCCAACGAUGUGGAUAGCCCCAUUAAAAUCAAGCGCCAGAAAAUAACCAUGAUGCUCAACGAAGGCGAUGGCGAGAGCGGAGCUAGUGGCGAUGAGGACGGGGAGCCGAAUUGCAGUCGCCUAACACUGACGCCUAUGUCACAGACGCCAGCAACGCCUCAGCCCACGGGCAGAGGUAAGCAGCAGCCGAAGGACACGCCGCUUAGCUGCAAGAUGCGCGCCAGGCGCGGCACGAAACUUACAUUUCCGGCAGAACAGAAUGAACCGCCAGGCAGCAGUCAGUCGAGUGAGCAGAGCGUCGCCAGCAGCGAUGCCUUGGAUGCAUUGGAGCGCAGCUCGUUUGUGCGACAGCUGGACAGCCUGAGUAGCGGACGGAACAGUCAUGAGCUCAGCUUUGGGCUGACCAAUGCGACGCUGGACAAUACCUUUGGCUUCAAGGUUAAUCUGGAGAAUCUGCAGCAGGCCAAGGCGGACAUUGAGUGCAACUAUUUGACCACCAUGAUGCUGGAGCUGUUUGUGCCCACCCGAGACGAUCUGCAGCCGGAUCCGCUGUACGACGAGAUACGCUGCAUAUUCUAUGCCAUUGAGCACAGCCUGCCGGCCGCAGCUGGAGCGGAGCAGCAGGCGCUGCCGAACAAGGCCUGCGGCUAUGUUAUAGUCAGCGAUGCCCAGGAUUUGGUCAGCGAGGGACGACAUCACGGCCUGGACGCAGACAUUGAGCUGCAGGUGGUGCAGAGCGAGGCGCAGGCUUUUGAGGCGCUGCUGGCGCUCUGCACACGCUGGGAUGCGGACAUCUAUGCGGGCUACGAGAUCGAGAUGAGCUCCUGGGGCUACAUCAUUGAGCGUGCCAAGCACUUGUGCUUCAACAUUGCGCCCCUGCUGUCGCGUGUGCCCACGCAAAAGGCGCGCGACUUUGUGGACGAGGACCGCGAAUCGUUUACGGAUCUCGAUGUGGAGAUGAAGCUCUGUGGCCGCAUAUUGCUGGACGUGUGGCGUCUGAUGCGCUCCGAGAUCGCGCUCACCUCGUAUACCUUUGAGAAUGUCAUGUAUCAUAUUCUGCACAAGCGUUGUCCCUGGCACAGUCCGCGCGCCCUGACCGAUUGGUUUGCCUCGCCCUGCACGCGCUGGAUUGUGCUGGAGUAUUACUUGGAGCGUGUGCGCGGCACCUUGGCGCUGCUCGAUCAGCUGGAUCUGCUGGGACGCACCAGCGAGAUGGCCAAACUGAUUGGCAUACAGUUCUAUGAGGUGCUCUCCCGCGGCUCACAGUUCCGCGUGGAGAGCAUGAUGCUGCGCAUAGCGAAGCCCAAGAAUCUGGUGCCGCUCUCGCCGAGCGUGCAGCAGCGCGCACACAUGCGUGCACCGGAGUAUCUGGCGCUCAUCAUGGAGCCCGAGUCACGUUUCUAUGCCGAUCCCCUCAUCGUGCUGGACUUUCAGAGCCUGUAUCCGAGCAUGAUCAUUGCCUACAACUAUUGUUUCUCCACCUGCUUGGGCCGUGUCGAGCAUCUGGGCAGCAGCAGCCCGUUCGAGUUUGGCGCCUCGCAGUUGCGUGUCUCGCGUCCGUUGCUGCAGCAGCUGCUGGAGCGCGAUCUGGUCACAAUCUCACCCUGCGGCGUGGUCUUUGUGAAGCGGCAGGUGCGCGAGGGCAUCUUGCCGCGCAUGCUCAGCGAAAUACUGGACACCCGGCUGAUGGUGAAACAAUCGAUGAAGCUGCAUCGCGACAGCUCCGCGCUGCAGCGUGUGCUGCACUCACGCCAACUGGGCCUAAAGCUGAUGGCAAAUGUUACCUACGGCUAUACGGCGGCCAAUUUCAGCGGACGCAUGCCCGCCGUCGAGGUGGGCGACUCUGUGGUAGCCAAGGGCCGUGAGACGCUGGAGCGUGCCAUCAAACUGGUAGAGACGCACGAGAAGUGGAACGUGCGCGUCGUCUACGGCGACACGGAUUCCAUGUUUGUUCUUGUGCCCGGACGCAAUCGUGCCGAGGCCUUUCGCAUUGGCGAGGAAAUUGCACAGGCCGUGACCGAAAUGAAUCCGCAUCCGGUCAAACUGAAGCUGGAGAAGGUCUAUCAGCCGUGCGUGCUGCAGACCAAAAAACGCUAUGUCGGCUACAUGUACGAGACGCCCGAGCAACAGCAGCCGGUUUACGAGGCCAAGGGCAUUGAGACGGUGCGACGUGAUGGCUGUCCGGCGGUGGCCAAAAUGCUGGAGAAGGUGCUGCGGCUGCUCUUCGAAACGGCGGACGUCAGUCUGAUCAAGCAGUACGUGUGCCGGCAAUUUACCAAGCUGCUCUCCGGACGCGCCAAUCUGCAGGAUCUCAUCUUUGCCAAGGAGUUUCGCGGGCUAAACGGCUAUAAGCCCACAGCCUGUGUGCCGGCGCUGGAGAUGACGCGCAAAUGGAUGCAAAAGGAUCCCAGACGCGUGCCGCGUCGCGGUGAGCGUGUGCCCUUUUGCAUUAUCAAUGGACCGCCCGGCGUGCCGCUGAUACGUCUGGUGCGCAGUCCACACGAGGUGCUGACCAACGAGGGCUACAAAAUCAAUGCCAUUUACUACAUUACCAAGGCCAUAAUACCGCCACUGAAUCGCUGCCUUCUGCUCAUCGGAGCCGAUGUGAAUGAUUGGUUCAGCAAUUUGCCGCGCAGGCUGCUCAUAACGCCAGCUCUAUCCACCGCUGGUGAGCUGAUGAAUCGCGGCAGCGCCAAGUCCACCAUAUCGCAAUAUUUCUCAACGACCAACUGCAUCAUCGACUGCGGCCGCCAGACCAAGGCGGGCAUCUGCACGGAUUGUGCCCGCAAUGCCAGCAAGUGCGUUGUCACGCUGCAGGCCAAGCUGGCGCAGCUGGAGCGCGGCUACAGACUAACCCAGCAGAUAUGCCAGGCCUGUUGCGGCCGGUUGGGUGAGCUGCAAUGCGGCUCACUGGACUGCCCGGUGCUGUAUGUGCUGGAGGUGAAGCGGCGGGAGCUGCAGCAGGCGCCGCACAUACGCAAACAGCUGGAGGAGCGUUUCAAUUAGU